CUCCCAGGAACACAUCUAUGGAUACUUGGGUGUCUUCACAGAAAGUCAGAGGACCUACAGGUGGACUAUAACGCCGUGACUUCAUGAGAGGAAAGUAGUUGUUUGGGGGUGGACACACUUUUUGUGGGCGCCAUCUACCCGGAGAGAGGAGAUGUCUGAGGAAAACCUGGGGGAAGAGUCGGGCAGCUCUCCUGUCUCUCCUGUGGACAGCCUGAGCAACAGCGAGGGGGAGCUGGACCGACAGCCGAAGAGAUGUGGGAGGAAGAGGAGACCGAGCAGGAAGAACGGGGAGGACUCAGAUAGCCCGACCCCUGGGAAAAGAGGGAAGAAGUCCAGCAGCAGCAGCCCGCAGUCUUUCGAGGAGCUCCAGACGCAGCGGGUCAUGGCCAACGUGCGCGAGCGCCAGAGGACCCAGUCUCUGAAUGAGGCGUUCGCGGCCCUGCGGAAAAUUAUCCCCACUCUCCCCUCGGACAAACUCAGCAAAAUACAGACGCUAAAACUCGCAGCCAGAUACAUUGACUUUCUGUGCCAGGUGCUGCAGAGCGACGAGCUGGACUCCAAAAUGGCAAGUUGUAGUUAUGUGGCUCAUGAAAGGCUGAGCUACGCCUUCUCUGUGUGGAGGAUGGAGGGUGCUUGGUCCAUGUCAACAUCUCACUAACAUCUGGAUAAAUUAUGCCCAAAUGGUGACUGCUGAUUCUACUUCUCUCAUUCUGACGGGAUAAAUCUGGAGUCCAAUGCUGGAUACAUGGGAUCACUAUUUAAACCUAAGACGACUGAAGCUUUUUCUUACUUUUCAAGAGGCCUGUCAGGCUUCUGCAGCCGCAAUGAAACUCUCUCAUUCUGACGUGAUAAAAUGUUGUUGACGACGAAUGUUUAAAAAAAAAAGUGUGUGAUUUUUAAUGCAUGCCUUUGGACUUGUUUCUGUGGAGAUCAAAGCACAUUGUUGAAGCACAUUGUCUCUGUUUUUGGUGUGAGACUGUCAACUGGUGGUGUAGCUCACAUUACAGGCCGAUUGUGUGGAUCUAACCUGUGCAAAAUAAUAAAAAAAUAUUGUCAGAUUACAUUUAUUUAUUUAUUGGGGAAACGAGUUACAUCGUGGGAAAAAUCCUGUGUCUGAAAUAUA